GUUUGAGGUUGCUGUGGAUCAAAUCAGUUUAUUUUGACAUAAGGGAGUUAGUAACUGACCUGGCCCAGCCCAUAUAAGCCUAUUCUGUUUUCAUAUAUUUCGUAUUAUGGAACCGCAGGCCGAAAAUACAAUGAAGUAGCCUAAACGUUUUCCAGAUUAGGAAAUAUUUCUUAAUUUAGAUAAAGAGGCAUGGGAGGUAGUGAUGUGAGCGCUCAAUCAAUGUGUGUGCGUCUGCGUAAGUGACUGAACCACUGAAGAAAUGAGGGGGAUAAUCUGUUCACUAAAAAUAUGGUUUUGCUAACCCAUUCGCAUAAUUUCUAAAAGGUUCUCUCCAUUGUCUACAUGUGAUAUUUCAGUGAUAUUGCUGGUAGGUACAAUGUUCACGUCAGUCAGACAGAAGACGGGCGCUAUAGGUAUUGCUAUUUCUGUCCCUAGAAAACGGUUUUAAAAUGGUAUGUUUAGCAGUCAGUAUUUUCCAAAUGUCCCGGGGUGAAACCCACGGACCCGGCUAAUAGCAGGACUCGCAUCUUCUCUCAGCAAAAUACUUCCAUCCUCCUUGACUAUUGGCCACAUUGCCUAUCGGAAUCAGCAGAAUCUUAUUGCCAACAAUUCACUUGCAUUUGUUGGGAAAUAACUGAGGAUUAGGCUAUGUAUUUGUUUUAUGAAGUGGUUAGAUGUCACGUUACUUCUAAGUCUAAGUACUAAGUCCAACCUGCUGUCUGCGGCCCUAACGUCAUAAUGGUGACGUCACAAUUGCACUCCUGUCAAUGUUGGCGAAGAUUCUUUUUCAGAUCACUUGAUGCAUCUUCACCUUAGGACUCACCCACACGCUUCUCAGUAUCCUAGAUAGUUUGGAUUUUGUUCAGUCUAGAUUAUAGAUUCAAGUUCAAUACGCUUUAUUUUAGCUGAUUGAAGCCAAGUACCAUGGAUUUUCAAGAGGAGUUUGGAAAACUCCAUGCAGAUAAUGAGGAGAUGAAAGAAAUGAUGCUACAGCUACUGGUUUUACGCCAGGAGCAGAAUCGGAACACCGGCACCCUGAUCUGUACCGCAUGUUCUCAGCAUCAGCUGCUUCCUCAUCUCCAGCCUCAUCUUCUGCCCUUGCCCCACAAUCCCACAAUGCUUUGCGGCCCACUCCAGCCCUUGCAUGCCAGUGCGGCACCUGGCCAGCGGAAGCUGCUAGCCCCCAUACCCCCUGCAUCCCCCCACCACCAGCUGCAGCGGUCUGCGAGGGCUACGCUGAGACCCAUGAGUGCUCAGCAGAAAGAGCGCCAGACUAACAAGGAACUCCUGCAGGAGGUCCUGGAACUCGCUGAGGAGAUCAAACUCGCCAGUCUCAACGAUACCAAAGCCUGGGACCAGACAGGCAGCUCUGUGGGCAGCCUCAGGUCUGUGGAUCGCAGGACACCGUCGGCGCUCCGUACUCUGCCCUUCCUCAAUUCACCAAUUGCCCCUGCUAUCCCCGCCCCCCCAAAGACAACCAGUCACAGUCAGUUCCAGAGUAGACUACCCCGUCUCAAGAAGACAAUAUCAGUCAAUGUGGUCACUGCUGUGACAGAGCAAAAGUCUGUUGAGUCUCUGACAGGGAGGCAGGAGGAAACGAGGGAGCAGAAGGAGGUGAAGAAGAGGAAAGUGAACGAGGCGAGGCAUCCAAACAAGACCCAGCUGGCCAAGAAUCUCCCAGAGUUGGCCAAACUGCGCCCACUGUCCUGUCCCGAGCAGGCCCUCCUGCAGGCCUUUACAGUGCUCAGCGACGAUGACUGGGAGAAGAAGAUCGAGGCCCUGAUCUCCAUUAGAUCUCUGGCUCAACACCACGCCAAGGUGCUGCUACCCAGGCUGCAUGAUGUUUGUCUGGCCGUCAAUCAAGAGGUGAAGAACCUGCGCUCAGUGGUGUCCCGUGCUGCCAUGGUGACACUGGCCCACCUGUUUGCUCACCUGGGGCAGGACAUGGAUGCAGAGGCCGAGGGCGCAGCCCGGACACUGCUGCCGAAGGCUGGAGAGUCUAGCAGCUUCAUGAAGGACAUGGAUCUGGCCCUGGGGUACAUGGUGUAUAACACCAACCCCAUCCGCAGCAUGAAUGCUCUCAUUAACGGAGGACUCAGUCACAAACAUACAGCCGUGAGGAAGAGCACUGCACGGCACCUGGAGAAAGUGACGGAGGUCAUGGGGGCAGCUCGUCUCCUGUCCGGCAAAAAGGACCUGACUGCCCGCUUCAUCCAUGCUGCUAGCUGCCUGGCCCUUGACAACACACUGGAAGUCAGGAAUCAGGCCCGUAGCAUUCUGUCUGUAGUGGCCUCCCAUCCCGACCUCAUCAAGAUGGUGGAAAGGUUCGCCCCUCUGAGUGAUCAAAUCCGCAUGAAGGACUUUAUCAACAAAUGCCAGAAAAGACCUUUGCGUUGACGUGGACAUCAGAGCCAGAACGAGACCGCACCCAUGUGUGACAAACACACACACACACAGGGUGCUGUAGAGAUACGCUAAUGCACAUCCUUUUCACACAUAAAAUAAAAAAACUAAAAUAA